UGAGCUUCAGUUUCUCCCAUCUGUCAACUGGAACUAGAACACUGAAGUGUGGUGGGAAUUGAAUGAGUUGAUCCGCAUAGGGCACAGGGUGAAGGGCCGGGUACACAGAGAAUCUGUGAGUGUUGAACUGCAUCAAGACUGAGACAGUUUUUUUUUUCAGUAUUAGGGGGCAUUGCUUGGUCCAGGUAAGCAACCUCCAGGUGCGGCCACAGCUCAGUCACCAAUUUGAUCCCCCCCCCCAGCCAAAGUGAUGUCUGGCCGCCCAGAGAGCAGAUCCAACUCUUGCAGUAGCCGUUCAAAUAAUCUCAACAACCCGUCCUUGCCGGCUCGGACUCCAGGCUGGACCCAAGGCUCUGGCUCCAACGACACCCACGACGACGUCAAGGGCUCCCGCAUCCGCACCCCCAGUGGCUCAGACUUCAGCUCCUGCAGCAGUCACUCAGAGCCUUCCUUGGGUGUCAACUCCCCCAAACUCCUCAAGGGGGGAGUGUGCAUGGGCCGGCCCUACAACUCCAAGUGCGUGGAGUCAAGUCAAUUGGAGAAAAGCUCCAAGGUGGCCAGGAAGACCUCUUACCAGCCCUCUGAGGGCAGCCCCAGCUGCUUGCUCUGCUCAGAACGGCCUUUGGGCCCCACCGGCUCCAGCUUCUUGGACCAGCUCAUCAAAGGCAUCAACUACCUGGACCGAUCUACCAACGCCUUCUACAGCAACUGCCCCAAAACGCUGAGCCUGCCGCGGCUCGCUGCCAGCUACCUGGAACGAGCUGCCAACUCCCUCUACCUGGACCACAUGGACCGCACCUCAUCCCGAAGUUACUCCGCCCCCAGCGGCAGCCUGCACGCCAGGGACGGCUCCAAAAACAGCACCUGCAUGGUGUCAUCCACUAGGGGCGCCAACGAGCUGCAGUGUCUGGCCGGCUCCACCAACCAGAGCUGUCCCCACCAGCAUCAUGGCCACAACCUGACUUCCAUGCGGCAGAGGCCAGGCAUCAAGUUGACGGAGCUCCCCUUGUUUGGCAAUGGGCUUUUCUCCUUAGAUCGUCUGCCCAAGUUCUGGGAAGCCAUCCGCUCCGGCUGGAGUGCCCCUGAGCCCGCCUCCAAACCCUCCAACUGGUGGUAAGGUCGACAUCAGCCAGCGACGGGCACACUUCCGUCAUGCUGCAGUUGUGGAAAAUAAAUUGUCUGUGGCAAAAUGC